GUGAGAGCCUUCACCGCCUGCCGCUCAUGCAUUCCGUUUCCCUGCUUUGCUCGCGCAUUUUUCUUCUCUCGGCCAGGAUAAACCGUCGUGGCCCGUGUCUGACGCUCCUUCAGGAUCUGGUACGACAAAAAGUCUAGUAGUCAUCCGCAAACCCUCGAAUGUCAAGAUCCACCCGCGUUCGCGCCUCCCUGAAGACGAGCACCCGCGCAAUGCGUCUGCUCCGGACACAUCCGUGACCUCGCCGUACGAGCCGCCAGCGUUCGCAAUGGACGAGCAGGACACGGGGUUACCUACCGACGAGAUGGCGCGAAUACGUGCGCUGCUACGCCCACCGCCUAUACCGGGCGUCGACGACUGGAAUAUCCCGCCUGAGCCGACGGGAGUGUGUGAUCCCGAGAUCGAAGCGAAGCUCGCGCAGUUCCACGCUCUGAAGCGCGACGCGGUACACCCGAAGCACUUCAACGACAGCCUGAUGUCGAACCGCUCCUUCCGGAAUCCGCACCUGUACGCGAAGCUCGUCGAGUUCGUUGACGUCAACGAGCGCACGACCAACUUCCCCAAGGACAUCUGGGACCCGGACGAUGUACGGGAAGAAUGGUUUGCUGACCGGAUCGCCGAAUAUCAAAAGACACGGUCAGAACAACAGCAGGCCGCGCAGGCCGCGAACACAGGCAAGCGUACACACCUCGAGUUCACAUCUGCAAAGUUGGAUUCUUCCAAGUCGAGGGACCGAGACCAUGAUGAAAGGGACCGAGGCGGCAAGCAGUCCGGCGGGAAGAGGUAUAAUCCCUACGUAAAAGAUCAGUACGGGAGAGACAAGGGGAGGGGAUGGAAGUGACACCUGGCAGUGCUUCAUGUCUGCUGCGUCCUGCUGUAAUCUUGGCUCUCAAUGUAUGGGCUGAAGUACUGAUCACCGAAGGAGGUAGAUUGAUCAACAGAACGAUAAUUACAAGUAAUUCAAC